CCCUGGAGGCACUGUCAUCCCUAGAACAGAACUUAUCGCAGCUGCAGAAGCCACAGGAUCAAAGCCAACUGAAACUUUUCAGCAACAUGGCAUCCAUGGAGGAGUUUCACCCAGACCCCAGAAUCCCACGACAGCUAGUGGACUUUCUGAUUGCCAAUUACAGUGUUCCAAAAGCUUGCUUCUCCAAACCUCCUGCCGCUUCUCAGCUGCCGCAGCAACUGGACACACUGCACCUCUGCACUUUUGGAAUCCUGACCAUACUUGUCAUAAUAUCAUUGAUCCUAUACUUGGAAGAAGCUUUCUACCUCAGAAAGAAAGUGCUCUGCCCGGUCAAGAGGAAAACCCUUCUGUGGAGCAGUGCAUCACCCACGAUAAUCGCUAUAUUCAGCUGUUUCGGCCUGUGGAUCCCUCGUGCUUCUAUGUUUGUGGAUAUUGCCAUAGGCACGUAUUUUGCCAUCUGUUUCUACCUGAUCCUGACGGUUAUUAUUGAAGGUUUUGGAGGAAAGGAUACACUAGUCAAGAAAAUGGAAAACACUGAUGUGAAUAUCAACACUGGGCCUUGUUGUUGCUGCUGCCCCUGUCUGCCCCGCAUUAAGCUCACAAAGCGGAAGGUAACCAUCUUUACCUUGGGUGUUAUCCAGAUGGCAUUCCUGAAACCCAUAUUCAGUUUCAUUGGUUUGUUUCUUUGGGCUGAUGGAAUCUUUAACCCAGACGAUAUCUCAGCUCAGAGCCUUGCUCUCUGGAUGGGCACAAUUAUUGGGGUCUCCACGAUUAUUGCUCUUUGGCCCAUAGGAAUUCUUUUUCGCCAGGCCAAAAUUCAUCUCAACGACCAAAACAUUGGGGCCAAGUUUGCAGUUUUCCAGAUCUUGCUCAUCCUGACAACCCUGCAAGCUUCUAUCUUCAGUAUUCUGGCAGGUGCAGGCCAGAUACCAUGUUUUCCUCCAUAUUCAUCUAAAGCCAGAUCUCAGCUAAUGAACAACAAUCUGCUCAUAGUGGAGACUUUCCUCCUGUCUAUUGUGGCCAGAAAUGCAUACAGAAUAAAAGACGAAGAGGCAGGAUUCAGCUUCAAAUCACAACGCAUGUGAUCAAAUAUGGAGAGUGUCCCAUUAUAAUUCUCAUUAUAUGUGAAAGUCAUUUCUUUGCAAACAAACUGCCCGCUAAGUGUGUUAAUAUCAACAACUUGUGGCAGGUUCCACUGCUUAUAAACAGAUAGUUCGUACUGUGUAUGAAAAUAGUCCAAGAUAUAAAAUCUCAUCACAGAUUUAGACAGUGGUAUUCUAAAAUAAUUUGCAACUGGCCCCUAUUUAUUGAAGAGGGUGAUAGUAAUCAGUGCCUUUACUUAGUAUACUCUGUGCACAAUAGCAUGCAGUGUACAAUGUAAAAGGGUACAAUAAACACAGUGAAAACCCUGGAAAUAAUACCUGCUCUGUGCUGCUGGUAAUUUCAUGGUUCUCUUAGCCCAUGGCACCUACAGAGGCAUUGUGUCAAGUGAAUCACACAAUAAUGCUUAUUCUGCACUGGAAGUGAUUCCAUUUGCACACAAUUGCAAUAAGGAGGAACCCCACCCUAAUUUUAACACCUAUAGCGGGUGCCGUCAAUGACUGCAAUUCUGGGAAAAACAUUGUGAUUUUGUGUUUACAUUUAGACUUUACAUGGAGCGCUCGUUUGGUAAAUUAGCUUCAUAACUGGUUGCUGUGGGUUGCCAGAUGGUACAAAUUUAUAGAAAACCAACUGUUUCAUUCUGUAACCCAUGUUUGUUCAUAUAUUGUAAGACCCCUGUUUGUUAUAUUAUUGUAAAGAGCUGUGAAACUUGCUGGCACCAUUAAAAUGAAUGAUAAUUAUAUAACCA